GGAGUGCCCGAGUCUUGGCGCUCGCAGGUCGGUGGCUCACUCAACCACAGUCAGGCCCCAGCAGCCAAUGCGCGGCUGCUGCGGCUGGCAUGGUCGGGUCGCCUGCCAUGGUCACUUUCGUCGUCCGCUUUGCAGUGCAACAGGAAUCGCCAUCGAGCCUCAUAAUGACGGAGCCGGUGGGCCCCGGGCCUCGAGGCAGGCCUGCAACUUUCUAGGAGGAGGAGGAGGAGGAGCAGCUAGUGCAAGAUUUUGGCGUGAGAGCUGUGAAGCAGUGGCGAUCUGCUGCUCUCGUGGAAAAGUUGCCCUGCUGUGCGGCCUGCUCGUCGAGGUCGUCGAGGUCGUCGAGAGCGCGAGAGAGAAGCAGAGAAAAAACUUUCUAGGAGCGCGAGGCAGAGUAGAGUUCGAGCGGAGGGAGGAUGAUGUAUCGCGAUUCCCGAGGGGUGGAGGAUGUGAGCUCGAAGGCGGGCCUGGGAAAGCUGCUUUUGAAGUUAGGGUGACACUCCUCGGUGGUCGGAGGUUGUCGGAGUAGGCAGGGGAGGAAGAGGAGGAGGAGGAGGAGGAAGAGGGAGGUGGGGACGCUCGACGGACUACUUGAUCCUUUGAGAGGGGGAGCAACGAAAGUAUUGAACUUCUUUUCCCAGGUCGUCGGACGAGCAGGAGCAGCAGAAUCUGAUUAUCGGAGAUCAGCUUUGCGAGCACGGGCUUGAAGUGAUCUAUCACUCGUUGCUCAUCGUUGGCAUCGUUCGUGGAGUGUGAGGAUCGACUCCGGCGUCAGGAAGCUGUGGUGCGUCUCUCGUCUUCGUUUCGUCAUUUCCAUCUAUGAAACGGUCGGUGCCUGAGUGAGUGAACGACAUGGAGAUGGCGACCCGUGGUAGCGUGCAAAACGGAUGGGAGGAUUUGCGAAUGCGGAGGAGAGCGCACUUGGUCGGAUGGGCGUGGGGAGAUUACAGAUGACGACUCGUGGAGGCUGAGGGCGAGGGUGACGUCAAGGUUCAGGUCUUCAGAGGGGAUCGCGAGUCUCGAGGGUUGGCGGGGCGAUCUGUAGGAGUUACAGUAGCAGCAGGAGCAGCAGAAGCAGCGACCAUGAGUGGAUCCGUGAAUGAGUCGUCGGCUGAGAACGGCAAGCCAUUUGCGUCUUCAGGUCAUGGAGGGCGAGCCAAGCUUUCCAUGCUGCCCUUGGUGGCGCUGAUAUUUUACGAAGUAUCGGGAGGCCCGUUUGGUGUGGAGGACUCAGUGAGAGCAGGAGGCCCACUCCUUACGAUUUUAGGAUUCAUAAUAUUUCCCCUUCUGUGGAGCGUUCCGGAGGCCUUGGUUACCGCGGAAUUGGCCACUGCAUUUCCUGAGAAUGGUGGAUAUGUCGUCUGGAUUGCUGCAGCUUUUGGGGAUUUCUGGGGUUUUCAGGAAGGCUGGUGGAAAUGGCUGAGUGGUGUGAUCGACAACGCUCUGUACCCAGUUCUCUUCCUGGACUACCUCAAGCGAGCACUCCCGGAAUUUGGACACGGUCCUGUUAGGUUGUUUUCACUCGUCAUGCUCACGCUUUUUCUAACUUAUCUGAACUACCGAGGGUUGACCAUCGUGGGAUACACGGCCGUCGCCCUCACCAUCUUCUCGUUACUUCCCUUCGUCGUCCUGGCAGUUCUGGCCAUACCGAGAAUCAAGCCCGAGAGAUGGCUGGUGAUUAACUUGGCCAACACAGACUGGCGAGGGUUUAUGAACAACGUGUUUUGGAACUUGAACUACUGGGACUCGGCCAGCACUUUAGCUGGAGAAGUGGACCAGCCGAGGAAAACGUUUCCCAGGGCCCUGGGUCUGGCCGGCGCGCUGGUGAUGCUCGCUUACCUCGUCCCAUUGUUAGCCGGAAUCGGGGCGGUCGACAGCCUACAAUCAGAGUGGACGGAUGGGUACUUUGCAGACGUCGGUCUGGCGAUCGGAGGGGCAGGACUCGCAUGGUGGAUUACAGCUGCUUCGGCCAUGUCGAAUUUAGGUCUUUUCCAAGCGGAAAUGAGCAGUGACUCUUAUCAGCUGCUUGGAAUGGGUGAGAGGGGAAUGCUUCCACAGGUUUUUGCAUACAGAUCGAAGUACGGCACUCCAGUCUUGGGUAUCCUGUGCUCUGCAACCGGAGUGCUUCUGCUCUCGUGGAUGAGUUUUCAAGAGAUUAUUGAGUGCCUCAAUUUUCUGUACUGCCUCGGUAUGCUUCUAGAAUUUGCGGCUUUCAUUCGGCUUAGAAUGAAGCAGCCGGAGCUUCCCCGUCCAUUCUACAUCCCUCUGGGUACUGUGGGAAUCACCAUACUUCUAAUCAUACCCUCAGUAUUUCUCAUCCUCGUCAUGGCCAUUGCUUCCAUGAAGACUGUAGUAUUUGCUGUUCUAAUUUCUGUGGUUGGAUUCUUAGCGCAUCCGGCCCUUGAGUACAUGAAGGAGCACAGGUGGAUGAACUUCGUAAACUUGGUGGAAAAUGAGAACUCAUUGUUGUCCUCUGAAGAGGAAGCAGGCCUCCUCUAUUCUUCUGGAGGAACUCUCGACUCAAAGAGUCAAAAAUGACUAUGACUGCAAUUUUAGUAGAGUUAUGCAUAUAUAGAUUGUAGGAAAGAAACUCAUCAUUCAACUCAGCGUAGUUUUUUCCCAUUUAGAGAUUUGCAAGGCGAAUGAGUGCUCCACUUUUGUACAUGUCAACCCUUGGUGUACCGUAACUCCUUUUAAUCAUUUCCCGCCUUUUGUACCUUCUACAUUUGCCUCUGUG